UUGUUGUGUUUGUAGAUGAACAGGUUUGUCACUGUUUCCUCCUCAGAGGGCCCUGAAGCUGAGGGUGGUGCGUUCUUUGCCCUGCGGAGCUGCCACCAGCUGCUGCAAGGCUACAGCGGCGAGUUCUUCUCCCCAGACUACCUCUGCUCCAACCCGCCUCUGUGGUGCAACUGGACCAUUAAGGUGGAUCCUGGGAAGAGGAUCCAUCUGCACCUGGAGGACCUGACCCCUGAUGACACCUGCCACCUCAAACAGGACCAGGUCCACGUGGAUGAGCCCGUCGGACUCAUUCCAGGUCACAAAGUCCUGCAGAAGUGUUGGAAGGAAGCCAAGUUCACGUCAUUCUCAAACACUCUGUAUGUGGUGCUGCUGAUUGGGGGUCGACCCGGCUCACCCUACAGGGGCUUCACCGGACGCUACCAGGCGUUUGGACCACCGGUGGUUUACGACCCGCUGCAGGAGUUCACGCUGAGAAACAGGAAGUUAGAACCGUCUGCCGGAGCCAAUGAAUUUGAAAUGAACCGAGAACAUCUGGAGUUGGAUUCACAGGACUAUUCUCAAAGAGUAAAUCCAGAUCAGAUUUAUGAUUAUGAUCAAUAUGCAGACACGACGCCUGAGCUGCCCUGGGAGGAAAAGGAGCAGACAGACACUGAGCCUUUAUCAUUUACUCAGGUGGAUGAACAUCAGCAGCGGGCCUUGGUGAACUACAGCCACAUACAUCCGAUCACAGCCGGGCCCACAGUGCUGACAUCCACACAGGAGAGCUCAAGAUCAGGACGAGGUGCUGACUCUUCAGACCAGUCUGAACCGGCUGAGUCUUCACAGCACAACCAAAUCAGUCAGCCCACCCGAGCACCAACAACGAUACAGUUGAAUAUCGAGACAGAUUCACAACAGCCAGAAGAAGCUGUGGUGUCUGAGGAGGAGAACAGGAAGGUGGUCAGUCUGGCCUCGGACCAGCCCCCUCCUCCCUCUGAGGGACCAGAACCAGAGGAGCCUGAGCCCACUCACCCUCACCCAAACAUGGUGGAGCAGCUGUCCGACCACAGAGGAAACUACAACAGUAGAAAUCACUCUGAAAUAGCACAUCUUCCUGGUGAUCACCUGUUUGAGGUGGCCGUUGAAGUACAUUUUCAGCAGGACUUGGAGGAGUCUUCGGAGAAGCUGUCCAUGUCCCUCCAGCAACCAAUAAAGGCUCUGGUCAUCAAGAAGCUGGAGGCUCUGCACUCACUGCUGUCUGUCUCUUUUAAAAGAGUAAAAAGGAUAAGUGUUGGGGCGCUGUGCAUCCUCUGGCUGCAGAUCAGACAGAGACCAGGGGAUCUUCAGCUGCGCAGGUCGGUCGACUCUCUGCACCAACUCACUACCACAUCCAUCAACAUCAGAGGGAGAGCAGAGAUGGGAGUCAUCAUGUCCAUGUCGAUUGCAGAUGUAAAUGAGUGUGGGACUCAGCUGGUCAUGUGUGACGUUAAUGCAGACUGUAAGAACCACUUUGGUACAUAUGAAUGCCGCUGCAGGUCCGGCUUUAGGGAUGCAUCCCGCUUUGGAACAGGAGGAUCUGUCUGUGCAGAUGUGAAGGAAGCAGGUUGCAGCUCAGGUCUGUCCUCUGAGACUAAAGUUGUCUACGUGCUCUCCUUCCUGCUCAGCUGCCUCAUCCUGUUGCUGUUGGCGGCGGCCGGCACGCUCUAUCACCGUCACCACCAAGGGGAUUUUCUUGUCCGUUGCCACAGCAACAUCUCUCAUCAUGACCCCAACAACAACAACAACAACCAUCACCGUCAUGAAGGUGACCCUGACCUGACACCUCUGCCUCCUCCCCCGCCUGCCUGGAGCUUCAGGGAGGGUUGGCCUCAACUGAAGGAGUGCCCCCCCCCUGUUGACCUGCCGCUCCUGCGGUUCAGCCCACUGCUGCAGCCGGACGGCUACGCAGAGCCGCAGGAGGGCAAGAAGAUGUGAACAGAUAGUGGCCUAGGAGCUGCGGUUCUUGACAGUAUCUAAACUCGACACAUUAAAACCUUUUUAUUUUGUUUAAUUUCUGUUUGCUCUGAUACUGUUGGCCACUGUUUGUUAUCUUGUUGAAUAAAAAUCACAACAUAACAGCA